GGAUGGUAUACAUUGUUCUUUCAAGGUUAUUGAAAAGAAAGCCAAGCCCCAUAUUCAAGUCGAUGUUGGAGGUGGGCAGACAAAAACGUUUGCUCCUGAAGAAAUCUCUGCUAUGGUGCUGACGAAGAUGAAGGAAACAGCAGAGGCCUACUUGGGGAAGAAAGUUACCCAUGCUGUUGUUACUGUGCCAGCCUACUUUAAUGAUGCGCAGCGUCAGGCUACAAAAGAUGCUGGUACCAUUGCUGGGUUGAAUGUGAUGAGAAUUAUUAAUGAGCCAACGGCUGCUGCCAUUGCUUAUGGGCUGGACAAGAGAGAGGGUGAGAAGAACAUCCUCGUGUUUGACUUGGGUGGUGGAACUUUUGAUGUUUCCCUCCUCACAAUUGACAAUGGAGUCUUUGAAGUUGUGGCUACUAAUGGUGACACUCACCUGGGUGGAGAAGACUUUGACCAACGUGUUAUGGAACACUUCAUCAAACUCUACAAGAAGAAAACUGGAAAAGAUGUUAGGAAGGAUAACAGAGCUGUGCAGAAGUUAAGACGUGAAGUGGAGAAAGCGAAGCGAGCCCUGUCAUCUCAGCACCAGGCCAGAAUUGAAAUAGAAUCCUUCUUUGAAGGAGAAGAUUUCUCAGAGACACUUACUCGAGCCAAGUUUGAGGAGCUGAACAUGGACCUGUUCCGUUCCACUAUGAAGCCUGUUCAGAAAGUUCUGGAAGAUUCUGACCUGAAGAAGUCUGACAUUGAUGAGAUUGUUCUUGUUGGUGGCUCUACUCGCAUCCCCAAAAUACAGCAACUAGUGAAAGAGUUCUUCAAUGGGAAGGAGCCUUCCCGGGGCAUUAAUCCGGAUGAGGCUGUGGCCUACGGCGCGGCUGUCCAGGCUGGCGUUCUCUCUGGGGACCAGGAUACAGGUGACUUGGUGUUGCUUGAUGUCUGUCCUCUGACACUUGGCAUUGAGACAGUUGGAGGCGUGAUGACUAAACUGAUCCCAAGAAACACUGUUGUUCCCACAAAGAAGUCUCAGAUCUUCUCCACGGCUUCUGACAAUCAGCCAACUGUGACGAUCAAGGUCUAUGAAGGUGAGCGUCCCCUCACCAAGGACAACCAUCUUCUGGGAACGUUUGAUCUCACCGGAAUCCCUCCGGCCCCUCGCGGCGUCCCCCAGAUCGAAGUGACCUUCGAAAUAGACGUGAACGGGAUCCUCCGCGUCACGGCUGAAGACAAGGGCACUGGCAACAAAAACAAGAUCACCAUCACAAAUGAUCAGAACCGCCUGACACCAGAAGAGAUCGAGAGGAUGGUCAACGAUGCCGAGAAGUUUGCAGAGGAAGACAAGAAGCUUAAAGAACGGAUUGAUGCCCGGAACGAGCUGGAAAGCUACGCUUAUUCCCUGAAAAACCAGAUUGGGGACAAAGAGAAGCUGGGUGGCAAGCUCUCAUCUGAAGACAAAGAAACCAUCGAGAAGGCCGUAGAGGAAAAGAUCGAGUGGCUCGAAAGCCACCAGGAUGCAGACAUUGAAGACUUCAAAGCGAAAAAGAAGGAGCUGGAGGAAGUUGUCCAGCCCAUCGUUAGCAAGCUCUACGGAAGCGCAGGCCCUCCCCCCGGCGAAGAGGAAGCAGGAGAGAAGGACGAGUUGUAGAUACCUGGCGCCUCUGAAUGUUGUGUGUGUGUAUAUAUUGGACUCAGGAACACUUGUUUAAAAUAUUGAACUCUUGAUUUGGAAUGUAACUUUUGAGUCUUCACUCGCGAGUGGAGCUGGAAAUGCUAAGCCCCAAGUGGCUGUUUACUGCUUUUCGUUAGCAGGUGCUUGAUGUCGAGGGAAGGGUAGCUGGGGGGGGGGAGUGUAAAUGCAAACGGGGUUUAGGAGUAUCGGCAGCCGAAGCGUUCUAUUUAACAACCUGGUCAUGUGAAUUUGGUGUAGAACUUUUCUACCUGAAGUGGCCACAAUAAAUUUGUUAUUUACACUGGA